GCCUGAACGGCAACUCCCAAAAUAGCAGUGCGAAUUCGGGAAGCCUCAGGAAAAAAAUGGCUGAAGUAGUUUCACCAAUAACUCGACAAGUAACUAAAGGAAAUCGGGAAGUCGGGACUCCUUCUUUUGACAUUCGUCUCGAAGAUGUCGAAGAUUGUUUAAUUUACGACCGGCACGGAGUCUCCUUUCCUUUCAAGAAGUUAUAUCAAGACAGGAAAUCGGUCAUAAUUUUCGUGCGGAAUUUCUUGUGCUACAGCUGCAAAGAAUAUGUGGAUGAUUUGAGCAAAAUACCCAGAGAGGCACUGGAGGAUGCUGACAUUAGACUGAUUGUGAUUGGUCAGUCCGUUCAUCAUCAUAUAGAGCCGUUCUGCUCCCUGACCAGCUAUCCUUAUGAAAUGUAUGUGGACCCGGAGAGGUGCAUUUAUCAAAAGCUUGGGAUGAAGAGAGAGGAGAAAUUUACUGACUCUGCAAACCCUAGUCCCCAUGUGAAGUCCAGUGUUUUCAUGGGCCAGAUGAAGAGUAUAUGGAGAGCCAUGACAAGCCCCUUAUUCGACUUUCAGGGUGAUCUACAUCAACAAGGUGGAGCCAUCAUUGUAGGACCAGGCUCUCAAGUUCAUUUUUCCCAUUUUGACAUGAACCGUCUGGACCACAUGCCCAUCACCUGGCUCAUGCAGCUUGCUGGAGUCCAGCAAACUCUGGACUUCAACGAUAAGCCAAAGAUCAUCCACAUAUAGCCAACUGACCACUUGAAAGUGUGCUUCGCCCCACAUCACUGUUAUUAUCACACAUGCAGAGGUUUACACAUGUUGCUUGUUAAGUUACAUCACCAUUGUGCACUGUGAGUGUAUUAUUUAUCAUGUAUGUGCUGAGUCACAACUUGACUGCCUUGCCAAAAUCUUGGAUAGGUCUGAAUGUUUUAUUUAUUUAAUUUAACCUUUGUUUAACCAAGACCACUUAUGAGAUACAUUAUCUCCUUUCCAAAAGAAAUCUAGCCAAAAUGGAAAUGCAAGAUGGGUUGCCACAUUAUAACAAUGCAUAAUAAAUACAUAAGAACAACAUCAUUCAUUUACAACAAUUGCAAAUUUAACACAACAGGAGAUCAAUAAAAAAAAAACAUUCUCGAUCUUGAUAACAGUGAUUUCACCAAAAAAAGGGAAUUUGAACUCAAAGUCUCCUUACUUGCUUUUUCCAGAGCUUCCAGUCACAUCUCAUGGGCUGAUGAAGUUGAAAGCUCUGGGAGAGGCUAGCAAGUGAACUGAGCAAAGUCAUUCUGCAAAUGAAGACCAUGAGAUGUGGUAAAAAGCUUGUAAAUGGUCCUUGAGAUAAGAUUUUUUUCUCCCCAAAAUAGUAUGAGUGGUGUGAGGUUCAGUGUAUGGAGGGGUGAGAGGGGUGUGCAUACGUUACUGUUUUUAGUCAAGUUUUGUUUACUACCUGUUUCUAUCAGAAUCAUCCUGUUACACUGUCUUGUGUCUUGUAAUUUUGCUGACGUACUUGUAAUAAGACGGUGGUGUGGUUAACAGAUAACUGGUGCAUUGACAUUAGUAGGCCUAAUUGGCCUUAUCACACUUCUUUUUUAUAUCAGUUUUCCUCAUUGACAGUGUUUAUUAUACUGUAAAUAAAGUUUAAUUGCUA